AUGUCACUACAGCCCCCUCCCCAUGUCACUACAGCCCUCCCCAUGUCACUACAGCCCUCUCCCUAUGUCACUACAGCCCUCCCCAUGUCACUACAGCCCUCUCCCCAUGUCACUACAGCCUCUCCCUAUGUCACUACAGCCCCCUCCCCAUGUCACUACAGCCCUCCCCAUGUCACUACAGCCCUCCCCAUGUCACUACAGCCCUCUCCCCAUGUCACUACAGCCUCUCCCUAUGUCACUACAGCCCUCCCCAUAUCACUACAGCCCUCUCCCCAUGUCACUACAGCCCUCCCCCAUGUCACUACAGCCUCUCCCUAUGUCACUACAGCCCUCUCCAUGUCACUACAGCCCUCCCCCAUGUCACUACAGCCUCUCCCUAUGUCACUACAGCCCUCUCCAUAUCACUACAGCCCUCUCCCCAUGUCACUACAGCCCUCUCCCCAUGUCACUACAGCCCUCUCCCUAUGUCACUACAGCCUCUCCCUAUGUCACUACAGCCCUCCCCAUAUCACUACAGCCCUCUCCCCAUGUCACUACAGCCCUCUCCCCAUGUCACUACAGCCCUCUCCCCAUGUCACUACAGCCUCUCCCUAUGUCACUACAGCCCUCCCCAUGUCACUACAGCCCCCUCCCCAUGUCACUACAGCCCCCUCCCCAUGUCACUACAGCCCCCUCCCCAUGUCACUACAGCCCUCCCCAUGUCACUACAGCCCCCUCCCCAUGUCACUACAGCCCUCCCCAUGUCACUACAGCCCCCUCCCCAUGUCACUACAGCCCCCUCCCCAUGUCACUACAGCCCUCCCCAUGUCACUACAGCCCUCCCCAUGUCACUACAGCCCUCCCCAUGUCACUACAGCCCCCUCCCCAUGUCACUACAGCCCUCCCCAUAUCACUACAGCCCUCUCCCCAUGUCACUACAACCCUCCCCAUGUCACUACAGCCCUCCCCAUGUCACUACAGCCCUCCCCAUGUCACUACAGCCUCUCCCUAUCCCUCCCCAUGUCACUACAGCCCUCCCCAUGUCACUACAGCCCUCCCCAUGUCACUACAGCCCUCCCCAUGUCACUACAGCCCCCUCCCCAUGUCACUACAGCCCUCCCCAUGUCACUACAGCCCUCCCCAUGUCACUACACCCCUCCCCAUGUCACUACAGCCCUCUCCCCAUGUCACUACAGCCCCCUCCCCAUGUCACUACAGCCCUCCCCAUGUCACUACAGCCCUCUCCCCCCCAUGUCACUACAGCCCUCCCCAUGUCACUACAGCCCUCCCCAUGUCACUACAGCCCUCUCCCCAUGUCACUACAGCCCCCUCCCCAUGUCACUACAGCCCUCCCCAUGUCACUACAGCCCUCUCCCCAUGUCACUACAACCCUCCCCAUGUCACUACAGCCCUCUCCCCAUGUCACUACAGCCCCCUCCCCAUGUCACUACAGCCCUCCCCAUGUCACUACAGCCUCUCCCCAUGUCACUACAGCCUCUCCCUAUCAGCUUGAGUGGGGACCUUGACGACAUCCUUGAUGACAACCUUGACGACAUCCUUGACGACAUCCUUGAUGACAUCCUUGAUGACAUCCUUGACGACAUCCUUGACGACAUCCUUGACGACAUCCUAGACGACAUCCUUGACGACAUCCUUGACGACAUCCUUGAUGAAGGAACUCGCAUGUGGACAGCAUCUUCAUUGAAAGAAUAA